AUGAACAACGACGAUGACAAGCCUCCCACUUCGAAUUCAGGGAGCACCAAGAACCUGGUGACCAUCGAACAGACCAAGUACUUAAAGAGCGAUGCGUCGCUUGAAGAGGACACCGUGACGGUGGAGGUGGAGAUCAAAGCCACCAAGUCCACCGCCGUGAGGGAGGGGCUGGACCUGGUGGCCGUGCUCGACGUGAGCAGCCGCAUAGCGAACGGCAAGAUCGACAGCAUCAAGAACGCCAUCAAGUUCGUGAUCAUGAAGCUCACCCCCGUGGACCGCCUCUCCAUCGUCACCUUCUCCGACAGCGCCACCAGGCGCAACAAGCUGCGCUCCAUGACCCCGGAUGCCCAGAAGGAGCUCAUCGCCCUCGUCGACGGCCUGUCCGCCGGCGGCGGCACCAACAUCAGGGCUGGCAUGGAGACCGGGCUGGCCGUCAUCGCCGGCCGCGCCUACACCGACGCUCGCACCCCGAACAUCUUCCUCAUGACCGACGGGAAGCAGAGCGACGUGGACGACGCCAGGAAGGUCGAUCCUGGCCAGGUGGGCGUCUACACGUUCGGCUUCGGCAGCGACGCCGACCACGACCUGCUCAGCGAGCUCGCCGCCAAGUCCCCCGACGGCAUGUUCAGCACGGUGCCGGACGGGGCCAACCUGACGGCGCCCUUCGCGCAGCAGCUGGGAGGCCUCCUCACGGUGGUCGCGCAGGACGUGCAGCUCGUGCUCAGGCCCAAGACGGACCAGGACCCCGAUGGCGGCGACCUGAAGACCAUGGUGGUGGCUGCCGGGACCGACUACUCGCAGACCACCGACGCCGCCGGCGUGAUCACCAUCAAGUUCGGCAACCUCUUCGCCGAGGAGAGCCGCAAGGUGAUCAUCACCCUCGACCUCGUGAAGAGCACCCUCGACUACGAGUACGACGCGGCCCUGGCCGAGGCCACGCCCAACUUCAGCGCCCAGGGGAAAGCGCACAGGAACCAGAGACCCGAGGACAUCCAGAUCAGGCGCACCCCGACGCCGAGCCAGCUCCCCGGCGCCAGCGACAAGUCGCGGCAGCUCCAGGCCGAGCUGGCCCGGCGCGCGGUGGCCGCCACGAUCAAGCAGGCGAGGCUCCUGGCGGACAAAGGCGACCUCGACGAGGCGCGGUACACGCUCGUGGACGCGCAGAACGCGCUGGAGCAUCCUUUAUUUCCAUCGUUGAAUUUUCAAAUAAGCCCGCCUUUUGGAAUUAUCGUCCUCGUAACUUAAGCAAUCUACCAUAUAUAUUGUAUCUGUACGUC